UAGACAGAGUCCUCACCCCAUUUCUCCGCCUUCAAGAAUUUAUUUUUUUCUUCUUCAAAAUUGAAUCUUUUCAGUGAACUUUUACUUUUUGGUCAAUCAAGAAGUGAAAUUACAGAGCAAAAGAAGAUAUAGUUUUGAAGAUGGCAGGUUAUAGAGGUGAUGAUGAGUAUGAUUACCUUUUCAAGCUUGUGUUGAUAGGUGAUUCAGGUGUGGGUAAAUCUAAUCUGCUUUCCAGGUUCACCAAAAAUGAAUUCAAUUUGGAGUCUAAAUCAACUAUUGGGGUUGAAUUUGCAACCAAAAGUCUUAAUAUUGAUGGUAAAGUUAUUAAAGCUCAGAUUUGGGAUACUGCUGGUCAAGAAAGGUAUCGUGCCAUUACGAGUGCUUAUUAUCGGGGAGCUGUCGGUGCUUUGCUCGUAUAUGAUGUUACUCGACAUGUUACCUUUGAAAACGUCAACAGGUGGUUGAAGGAAUUGAGAGACCAUACUGACCCUAACAUUGUAGUCAUGCUCCUAGGCAACAAAUCAGAUCUCCGACAUCUCGUGGCUGUUUCAACUGAAGAGGCUAAAUCUUUGGCAGAGAGGGAAGCCCUAUACUUCAUGGAAACUUCUGCAUUAGAAGCAACCAACGUUGAAAAUGCGUUUACUGAAGCUCUCACGCAGAUAUACCGGAUUGUCAGUAAGAAAGCAGUCGAGGCAGGGGACGAAGGUGCUACUUCAACCGCACCACCUAAAGGACAGACGAUUAACAUCAAAGAUGAAGGAUCUGCUUGGAAAAAGUUCGGGUGCUGUUCGAGCUAGGGCUCACGUAAGACAAUAGCUCAAGCUUUAUAUAUCAGUUGUAAAUUGUCAUUAAAUCAAUGAUUUCCUCUCCUGUUUUCUCUCACUUUGAGUAUCGCGCUUGUGGGAUAUAAGAUUUAUUCUAUAGUCAUGAGAAUACGCGAAGCAGCGUUCUCAUGAAAAAUUCCGAAGGAGGAUCAGGUACUGCUAGUUUCUAAUUACAGAAUGUCUAAACAAGGUCUUAGUUUUAUGUUUUCUGGUUGAUGGCUUGAAAAACUGGAGAUAUCUUUGCAAUAACCUGUUACCGAAUAUCUUCCUUUUUGUGUCGAAUUUACGUCUUAAUUAUUUUUCCCCUU